AGAUUCAUUAAAUUUAUUAAUAUUAAUUAAUAAAAAGAUUUUAAAUUCUAAAUUAAAUUGUCAGAAAAAAUGAAAAAAAUUAUCAAAAUUUAAAAGAAAGAAGAUUAAAAUAAUCAAGAAGCCAAGUUAGUUAAAAGUUAAAAAAAAUAUGGCUCAAAUUAAGAUGAUGAAUUUUUAUUGUAAGAUGAAUUACUUAAUUGCAGUUUUGAAUCUGACUAAGAAUUGAAAGAAUUCAGCUAAAUGUUCUAAAAGUAUGACAAACAGAUCUAGUAGAAACAAUAAAUUUAAUUAAGGAGUUAAACUUAGAAGAAUUACUAGGAAUAAAAUGAUUAAUCUAAUCACUAUUAAAAAUAAAAACCUCCAAAAAUAAAACCUUUUCACUUGUAAAACAAAGGAAAAAAUGCAAUCUAGAUUGAAAAAAAACACUAAUCAAACUCUAAAUAUUCAGAUAGCUUUGACUCAGAUGAAGAUCAAAUUUUGAAAAAGUAUUUCGAUGCUACCUAAAAUGAUCAUUUUAAAUAAAUAUUAAAUGAUGAGGAUUCUUCUGACUUUAAUUAUCAUGAAUAGAGAAACACCAGAAGUAACAGUUAACUUAUACAUGCUAAUAGGAGUAACAAGAGUUAAAAUUAUUUUGAAAGUGAAAACAGACAUAAAUCUUAAAUACAAGAGAAAAAUAAUGGUUUUAAUUCCAAGAUAAAUGAAAAGAGAAAUUUGUCAUAAAUUUUACCUAAAAGGCCUCAUACUGAAGAUGAUUAAUCGAAUUCAAAUUCUGAAUAAGAAACUAAGAAGCUAGAAAAAUAGCUAGAUUAAGAUCAUAAUUCAUAAAGUUUAAAGCUAACCAAAAAGCUUAUCCUUAAAAAGAGUAUUAUCUCACCACCUUAACAAUAACAGUACUUGACACCUUCUGCAGUUUAAUCGAAUAAAAUGGAAUCUGUAUCUGAAAAUCCUAUUAAAGCUAAAACUGUAUCGAAUUCUGCAUGUUCUCCAAUUAGAAUGGAUAGUUUACAUAAAUUAUUUGAAGAGAGUUAGGUUGAAGAUAUUCAAGGCUCAUUUGAGAAAGGUCACUAAGCUUUAAGUAUGCAAAUUCAUGACUAUUCGAAUGACCAGUAUUUAGUAGAAUGGAAAAAUAUUUAAUCAAAACAUAUUGAUAGCGUUAGAAUCAAACCAAAGAGCACUGUCUACAAGUUAAGUGAAAUCAAGAAACAUGCUCCUGAAAUAUAUGUUUAGUUCCUAGAAACUCAAUUUGGCGACUUUUAAAAGUAUAAGCAUGAACAAUCUCAUUAAGAAAAAGAGCUUAUUUAAAAGAAGCAAUUUUAAGAUAGUAGCUCGUAUGUUAUUAAGGUAACUCAUGAAUCAAAUGAUAAAUAAAAUGAAGAACAGAAACAUCAUCCUAAUCCAAAGUUGUUGUUAUAAGAAACCAAAGAGGCUAAAAGCCAAUUAAGCUCUCAAUAGUAAUUAGAGGAGAUCAAUCCUUCUUGCUUUAAUUGUGAUGAAAAGUUGAACUCAAAGAAUUUGAACGAAUAAGAAGAACUUCUCUUCGAAAAUAAAUAGGAAAUAGCAAAAGAACCUUCAGAGCAUAAGCCUUUAGAUGGAGAAUAAGAAUAUAAGCCUUAAGAGUAAUUAUAAGAUAAAACCUACUCUGAGGUUUUAAUGAACUAAGUUUAAGAAUUACCAUAAGAUAUUUCAUUUGAAGACCAAGAAAGCUUACAGAAAUAAUAAUCUGUGGAAAUUGUUUUACCAGUAGAAAAUUAAAAGUAAAAUACUUCAGAGAUUGUUGAAGAAAGCAAUUUAGAGGAUAAGACAACUACAUAGAUUGAAUAAGAAUCACUAGAAACUGAAAAGGACUCUGCUAUUUUUGAAUCUAAAGAUGAAAAUUAGAAUAAUUAGAAAGAUCAAGUUUGUCUUUAAAAUGAUAAAUAACAUUCUAAAGCUAUUUCUGUAGAAGAAGGAGAAAUAGUAGAAUAAGAUACAAAUUCUUAACCAAUUCACAAAGAAUAGAAUUCAACCUCUUAAGCUGCUACAAAUGAAGAGAUGCAAAUAGAAGAGCCUAAUGAAAAAGUAAAUGAACUCUUUGAAGUAGAAAAUAACUAGCAAAACAAAACAAAGAGUGUUGAGAAAACUACUUCAACAGAAAAAAUGAUGGAAAAGCUGACUGUUAAUACCGAGGAACUAAUGUAAACUCCUGAAAAAAAAAAAUCUCAAUCAAAGGAAUUAGAAAUUGAAGUUAAAGAAAAGAAAAUAAUUCAGAUAGACCUAGACACUUAUUAGGAAGAUGAAGAGGAAGAAGAGGAGUAGGAAAUAAGUGAUGAUCUAAAUUCUCAUAUUCCUUAGGUCAAAUUUUAAAACUUGAAAGACAACAAAAUAAAUACAUAAGAAGUAGAAGAACUUAAAUGCAAAGAAGGUGAUGACCUAUUCGAACCAAUUGUUACUGAUCACCAUCUACAUGAGCAUUAACAUUUGCAUGCUAAAGAAAUUUUUGAAAAUCAUUCUACAAAGUCGAAACUUGAAGUAAUUCCAGAGGUUGGGAAUGACUCGGAAAGUGAUUAAAGUUGCUAAAAUAGAUUAUUAAAUAGUUCUAUAAGAUCAUUCGAUAAGUAAGCUCAAGGGAAAAAGAAUUCUAGUGUUGAGAUGGUAGAAGAUGAUGUAGUAGAAUAUACCUAAAAUAAUUUACAUACUGCUCCUCUUGUAUAUCCAGUUCAAUCUAGACCAAUAAAAGUACAUAUAAAUUAACCACGUGUAGUAGCUGCUAGAAAAUCUACUGGUGUAUAGAUUAAGCAAACUAAUUUUAAUGACAGUUCAGAAGAAGAAAAUAGCUAUGAAAUUGAAGAAGAUUACAACUAAUAGGAAAGUGCUAAUUCUUUACUAUCUGGAACUCUCGGAAGAUUUAAAUCAAGAAUUGAGAAGCUUCUUUGA